AUGUUGGGAGAAUUCUUCAUAGGCAGACACAAAUGGGAAAACAAAGAAGAAACUCCAUUGCCAAAUACCGUACCAGAAGUGGAUGAAGUAGGUGCAACAUCAGCACCAUUACUAUCAGCAUCAUAUUACAUCGGAGACAGAUGUAAACCAUAUAAUGACGAUUUCAUGUUAUGUAAAGAUGAACACAAUGGAGGAACUAUAGAUUGUUUGAAAGAAGGAAGACGUGUGACUAGAUGUGCUAUUUCAGUAUUGAAAGAUUUAAACAAAUACUGUUUUGAUGAAUUCAAAUUGCAUUAUGAAUGUUUGGAACAAAAUAACCAAUAUUUCAGUCGUUGUCGUGCCAGUGAGGGAGUUUUAAGUAAGUGUGUUUUUGACAAUUUGAAAUUGGUCAAGAAAAUUCCAGGUGUCGAAGAACAAAUACAAGAUAAAAAGAGGCCAAUUUAUGGGGCUGAUUCAAAAGAUGUUAGACAAACUAAGGAGUUUUUAAAGAAGAAUGAAGCUACUGCUGCUGCUGCUGCUGCUGCUCCUGCUGCUGCUCCUGCUCCAAGCAGUAGUUAG